AGUUGUUGAAGAAACAACUUCAUUCGAGUGGCCAGCGAUUAGCUAAUCAGAAUGGCUACUAUUACAAAGUUGACGACGUUAGCUAUCCUACUAAGCAGCACCUACGCUGGUAUUCUCCAUGGGCACGACCAUUCUCAUGAUCUCCAUAGUCAGGAGCACCACGAUCUAAACAGCCACCACGACCUUCAUGGCCAUGCUUAUCCACCAGCGCCCUUAGCCAGUCUAUCAGCACCAGGCGCAUAUGCUCCAUCAUCUAGUUUUGCACCCAGCUCUUUCCCUGCUGGAUCUCUGCCAUCAGCCAGCUACUCUGGUGCUGGUUUCAUUGGAGGUGGAUCAAUCUCAGGACACAACGGUCUUACUGAAGCUGCGAUUGGAUCGCCCGGAUUCAGCGGACCUGGUUUCGGUGGACCCGGUUUGUCUGACGGCAUUGGUGGUGCUGCUCUCUCCGGCCCCGGUUUGUCUGGACCUGGUUUAAUCGGAGCCCCCAUUGCUCCUCCUGUUCUCGCUGGCGCUUCAUUACCUGGGCUCGGCUUCAACGGUCAACCAGCCCCUAACGGUCCUAAAGCACCUGUCAUUGAUGAAAUCCAUGGGCUCGCCAACAGCAACGGAGCGCCUAUUCAAUAUCGCGUGCGUGAAGAGCCGUACCAAGUAUUCCGUGAAGUUACACACAGAGUUCCCCAGCCAGUACCAGUGCCAUACCCCCAGACCGUCCAAAUCCCAGUUCCCCAACCUUACCCUGUUCAAGUGCCAGUUGUCAGAAACGUCCCAGUUCCCGUUGUUAAGAUUCAACACGUGAAAGUCGACAAGCCCGUGCCAUACCCAGUCGAGAAGAUCGUGAAGGUGCCUUUUGAAAGGGUUGUUGAAGUGCCCGUAGACCAUCCCGUACCCGUUGAAAAAAUUGUUGAAGUGCCCAUCGUCAAAUUGGUGAAGGUUCCAGUCCCAGUCGUGAAGACUUACGCAGUUCCAGUAGUGAAGACUGUGCAUCACAAAGCCCAUGUUAGCCACGGACAUGGCUACGGUCACGGACACGGUCUCAUACAUGAUCUUGGCCAUGGAUAUGGCCAUGGUUACGGUUACGGACACGGGCACGGUCAUGGCUGGUAAACAGAAGUUUAACACUUUGGAUAAAAUACCUCAAUCACCAUUAGCUAGUCUACUCUUCUGUAAAUAUUUCUUGUCGUUAGCUCAUCGAGAGGCUGCAAGGUAGGGUGAUAACUAAGUCAUUAAUUUAGGAACACAAUGUGUAUUCAAUAUUUUCGUUUUGUAAAUAGUAAGUAAUAAUUAGAAUGAU